AUGGCCUCGCAGCCCUCGCUGGCACAGCUGCUGCUGCUGAGCCUGCUGACCAGCUGCCUGCCAGCCGUGCAGCCCAGGGACUUCACCAUCAAGGACAUCAUCUACCUCCACCCUUCCACCACGCCGUAUCCUCAGGGAUUUAAGUGCUUCACCUGCGAGAAGGCAGCGGAUAACUACGAGUGCAACCGAUGGGCUCCCGAUGUCUAUUGUCCAAGAGACACAAGGUACUGCUUUAGCCAGCACAUGAUGAAAGCCACCGGGGAGAGCGUGUCGGUCACCAAGCGCUGUGUGCCGCUAGAGGACUGCCUGUCCACGGGGUGCACCUAUGUGAAGCAUGAAGAAUACAAGAUCUGCACCUCCUGCUGUGAAGGCAGCAUCUGCAACCUGCCACUGCCGCGGAACACAACGGACGCCGUGUUCACCACCCUCUCCCCCCUCAACAAAACACAGAGACUCUCACAUCCCAUCCUGCUGACCACAGCCUGUCUCUGGCUGGGGUUGAUGUCACAGCACUGGGGCACGGACAGCUGA